AUGUACUACAAACCAAACAGGCACCUCGAUGUGCCCAGCACAGAUCUUCUGACUUGGAUCUUUGGAAAUGAAGAUAUUCAUGAUACCGACCGACCGAUAUACUAUCCAUUGAUAUUUUUGGCCGUCAUUGGUGCAGGUGCAAUUUUUGUUGGGUCCAAUCCCGGUUAUAAAGAAUUAGAGCUCACAAGUCUUCUUGAGACCUCGAAGCCCAAUCUUAUCAUCACAGCCCCGGAUCUACUGCCAGCCAUCCAGAGUGUUGCAAAGAUAUGCCAUAUCUCAACCUCAAAGAUUCUGACCUUUGCGGAGCAAGACGAGACUCCCAAAGGCUUCAGAUCAUGGACAGACCUUUUCAAGUUUGGCGAGCAGGACUGGAUCCGCUUCGAUGACUUGCAUACCGCCAAGAGCACACCGGCGUGCUUAGUGACGACGAGUGGGACCACUGGGAUGCCUAAGCUUGCCGUCCUCUCACAUCAUGCUUGGGUCGCAUUGAAUUGUGUCAUUGACGACCCAGUGCCAAAGCCUUAUGACAUCAAAAGGUUGGUGUUUCUACCGAUGUUCCACACCUUUGCUGCUCCCCUUUCACACCUAGCUCCUUUGCGCGAAGGGCAUGCGACCUAUGUAAUGCCAAGAUUCUCCAUGUCUCAAUUCGUCGACGCUGUUGAGAGAUUCAAAAUCAACGAGAUCAUGGUUGUCCCUCCAAUGAUUGUCAACUUUGUAUCCUCGACUAGUCCAAAGGCUUACUUGAAGAAUGUUCGCUUCGUCUGGUGUGGAGGUGCGCCAUUGGAUGGUGCUAUCAUGAAGAAGAUGUAUCGACUCUUAGCUCCAAAUGCUUGCAUAGCACAAGUCUAUGGCAUGACCGAGGCUGGCUGGAUAUCAACAUCGAACUUCUUCCCGGAGCGCGAUGACUCUGGUAGCGUCGGGAAACUUCUGCCAAAUGUCGAGGCUAAGCUGAUCAACAGUCGCGGUAUCUUUGUUCAGGAGGCUGGCAAGAGAGGCGAGAUCUGUGUGCGCGGACCACGCCUAAUGAACGGUUACCUUGGCAAUGCCAAAGCAAGCGCAGACUCUUUCAUCGAUGGUUGGCUGAAGACAGGUGAUGUCGGCACAGUCGAUAAAUAUGGCAAGAUCUUCAUCGUUGACAGGCAAAAGGCAAUGAGAGGCUGGCAAGUCUCGCCCGCCGAGUUAGAGGGUAUCCUACGUUGCCAUCCACAAGUUGCCGACGCAGCAGUCAUUGGGGUCCAGCACGACAACUCUGAGGCACCUAAAGCUCUCAUUGUUCGAAAUACGGAAUCUCUCACGGAGGAGGACGUAAAGGCCUACAUCGCAGCCCUGUUGGUGAGAUACAAGCAUCUUGACGGCGGCGUCUCCUUCGUCGAGUCAAUCCCAAAGAGUCCCAGCGGCAAGAUCUUAAGAAAGUUGCUGUGA